UUUCAGCCUUGUUGCAUUGUUAUCAGCUCUUGCAAGAAUCUAAAAACUUUGAUACUCACCAUGGUGGCUAUAACAGAUGAUUGGUUCCAUGAUGGUAUCACUCAAUUUCCCACGCUUGAGAUUUUGGCCUUGUCUUAUUGCCACAUGUUGGAGAGCUUGAGAAUCUCAUGCCCUCAUUUGAAGAAAUUCAUCUUGUGUGGAUGUGAAUCCGUGACGAGACUCGACAUCGAUGCUUCUUGUUUAUUGGAGCUCAAGUAUUCCAGAGAUUUGAUAUCUUUCUCUUUGAAUGCUCCUACUCUCUUGCAAGCCGACAUCGAUUUCUCCCCACGGAUUUUUGAUAAUCCGUGGUUUGUUAAACAGAUUGAAAUCCUAGCAUAUUUAAAUCAUCUCGAAGUCUUGACGUUGCAAAGUAGAACGGGAAAGACUGUGGUUAUUCCAGAGGAGGUGAGGGAGACAUUUGCUUCCCCUUUGUAUGGUGUGAAGCAUUUGAAAGUUAAGAUAAUAAAGCCUUUGUUUAGUCCUUCUCUACAAGAUCUUGUGAGGGCUUUGCUUUGGAUUGCUCCUCAACCAGAGACCAUCUCAAUUGAGUCUGGUUUUGGUAAGAAGAUCUUAAAGGUAUGCAUCCCUUUCAUAUCAUUCUUUGAUCCUUUAAACUUGGUUUUAGACUCGCAAAAAUUGAUUAAACUGAACCGAGCUUGUGAGUUUUCACAUAGGUUGGAGAGGGAAACAAAACAUUCUUUAUAAGGGUGUAGAAAU